AUUUAAUCUCUCACUUAUUUUUUAGAAUCCUCAAACUUAUAACAAAAAAUGAAAGAAGAAGACAAUAGUAUAAUUAAAUAAGUAAAUUCAAUAAAUAAUAAAUUAGGAAGAACAUUAAUUGUAUAUUCAACAUUACAUGAUUCCAUUAAACUAUGCCUCUAUUCCUAACCAAAUAGAACAUUACUAAUCCACACUCUAACUCUUAACAGAAGAGAAUCACCAUCUGCGCAAAUUACUCAACCUUAAUCAAUAACACUAAAUAAUCUGUUUAACUAAAGAAUAACUACAUGAGGAAGUCUAUAAAAUGAUCGAUUUCCUUAUGAAAAAUCUUAAUUAUCUACCCAAAGAAUAGAUCUUCCUAUAUUAAAAAACUUUUCGUUAUUGGGCCUAAAAAAAGGCACUUAAAUCUAUUUUCUUCUAGAUCUUCACCAGAUACUUACAAGUAUAUUAAUAGUAUCAUUUCAUGUAUAGGCUGUGAAGACAAGAGAAGAAAUGAUAAAAUUUAUUAUUCGUAAAAGCAUGAAGUACCAAAAGUAAUCUUAAAAUAAGGAAUAAAUAAAAGAAAAAAAAGAAAUCAAAAAAAUGAAUAAUGCAUUCGUUAAGCAAUUAUUCCAAAAUACUACCUAUUAAUAAAAUUAUUCUAAUUUUCUAAGUAUUAAUAUUACAUCCGAUUUAAUAGAUCAAUAUCUCUAAUUGGCAUUAAAUGAGAAUUAAUAAAAGAUUAAGAAAUAUGUAGUAUAUAUUGUGCAGUUGAUAUUAUCUGAUCAAAUUAAUGUAAUAAUCUUAAUUAAUACUCUUAUAGCAAGUGCUCAACUAUAAGAGAUUCCCUUGGCUCAAUGAUUGGAUUAAUUAAUCAGUUCAAAUAGCUUAAGAAUUAGAAAAUCCUUAAAACAAAGAAACUAAAAAAGAAAAAUCUGAUUACUCCCUAACGAAAUGA